AUGGAAGCGGACGGUGCGGAGACUCCUCGAUUGAGCGACGCCGAGAGCGAGCUCGAAGAUGUUGUCGAUGAAGAAGAUGAAGUGUUGUCCGGGCAUGAAGAAAACGGUCUUGAGUCCGCCGACUCCGCCGUACCGGAGCCAAGGCUGCAGCUGAAGGACAAGGGCACGGUGCUGUUCAGCGACUACAUCAAGCAGACGCGCAAGCUCAUCAACCCCAACUUCCAGCCCAUCUUCGCCGCCGUGAGCCACCUCACGCUCAGCGUGCACGCGCCGCCGCCCACCAACCACCACCGCGACGUGUGGGCCCUGUUCGCCAACCAGAUCAACCGACUGGUGCCGGCCAAGCGGCCGCAGCCGGUGGCCAUUCUCAACGACCUCAGCUUCUACGCCCGCCCCGGCGAGAUGACCCUGGUGCUCGGCGCGCCCGGGUGCGGGAAGAGCUCGCUGCUGAAGCUGCUGGCCAACCGACUGCGGGCGGGCAAGGUGCACGGGAGCCUGACCUUCAACGGCAAGGUGCCCAAGCGCAAGCACUACCACCGCGACGUGGCCUUCAUCCAGCAGGAGGACGUGCACCUGGCCACGCUCACCGUCAAGGAGACGCUGCGCUUCAGCGCCGACUGCCAGAUGCCGGCGGGCGUGGCGGCCAAGGUCAAGGCCGAGCGCGUGGAGGCCAUCCUCCAGCUGCUGGGCCUCACGCAUCGGGCCGACACGAUCGUGGGCGACGCGCUGCUGCGCGGCGUGUCGGGUGGGGAGAAGAAGCGCGUGACGGUGGGCAUCGAGUGGACCAAGUCGCCCGGCGUGUGGCUGUUCGACGAGCCCACGACGGGCCUGGACUCGUCGGCGUCGUUCGACGUCAUGCGCGCGCUGCGCACCAUCGUCAACAUGGGCGGCACGGGCCUCGUGUCGCUGCUGCAGCCCAGCUACGAGACCUUCCACCUGUUCGACAAGGUGAUGAUCCUCACGCGCGGCGAGAUCGCCUUCCUGGGCAAGCGCACCGACGCACUGCCCUACUUCGAGCGGCUGGGCUACAAGUGUCGCUCCACGCUCAAUCCCGCCGAGUUCCUCCAGGAGGUGGUCGAGUCGACCAGCAGUCCCAACCCGAGCAAGUACCGAGCGGUGGACGAGGCACAAGCCCACGGGGGCGGCGACGAGGACAACGCGGCGGCGGUGGCUGACGAAGAUUUCGAUUGGCUGGAGCCGACGGACUUUGUGGCGGCGUACAAGGCGUCGGAGCACUACGCACACGUCAUCGACACCAUCAACGACACCAACAAGAACCUCAACGCCGAACACGGUGACGACCACAAGGGCGAUCAUCCGGCCAAGAUCGAGCUGGUGGACUACGCCCGCGAUGCCAAAUACCCCACCUCCAUUGCCACGCAAUACUGGCUGCUGACCAAGCGCGCAUUCACCCGCGAGUGGCGCGACAAGACCACCAACCUGUCGCGCGUGCUGGCGGCCUGCGCGUUGGCGUGCAUCCUGGGCACGCUGUUCCUGCGGCUGGGCUACCACCAGUCGGACAUCAACUCGCGCGUGGGCCUCACCUUUGCCGUGCUGGCCUACUGGGCCUUCGGCUCGCUCACGGCGCUGCCGCUCACCAUCUUCGAGCGGCCGGUGUUUUACAUGCAGCGCGACCAGAAGUACUAUCGCACGUCGCCCUAUCUCUUCUCCACCAUCGUCGCCGAGAUUCCGACGAUGAUGGUCGAAGUGGGCGCCUUCUCGAGCAUCAUCUACUGGCUGACGAACCUCAAUGAAGGCGACAACGGCGAGCGCUUCGGCUACUUCGUUUACAUCAGCUUCCUGUUCUACUGGUCAUUGGACCUCGACGAGGUUGGGCUUUUCGUCCAGGCUUACACCAGCGCUCGCUAUGUGCAGACGAUGCGUUCAUUCACGCGCAUGGUGUCGGUGUGGUCGCCCUCGCUGCUCUACGCCCAAAGCUUCGCACCCACGUUUGUCGCCAUGCUCCUCAUGUUUGGCGGCUAUCUUGUCCCGCGCAUCCACAUCUACGGUUGGUGGAUCUGGAUGUACUGGGCCAAUCCGGUGUCGUACGCCUUCCAGGGCCUGGCCUCCAACGAGUUCUGGGGCCGCGAGUACUCCUGCGAGGACUCCGAGCUCGUGCCGCCCACGUCGGAGGCGAACUUCAACCUGCCCUACCCGCAGGGCUUCGACGGCAACCAGGCGUGCCCGGUGACGAGCGGGACGGACUACAUCGUGAACAGCUACGGCAUCUUCGACCGCGAGUGGCUCAAGUGGAUCAUGGCCGUGUGCGUGAUCGGGUGGUGGGUGAUCUUCACGCUGGCGACCUACGCGGGCAUGCGGUUCGUGCGGCACUCGCCGCCGAAGAAGCCGCGCAUGAAGAGUGUCGAGGUGAGCGAGGAGCAGGAGCGCGAGAUGAAGCAGUUCAACAUCAAGGCCGUCAAGGCCCACCACCUCAACCACACCCACAAGCACGCCCAUGGCCACGCCCACAGCGACGACGAGUCCAAGAAGGCCGGCGAGCUGAAGAAGAUGGACAGCUUUGCUGACAUCGAAGAGGCGCCAGUCAAGGGCGGAAUGGAGACGGAGAAGAUGGGCGGAGAGUUCGUGGAAGGAGGAGCGUACCUGUCGUGGCACCACCUGAAUUACUCGGUGUUCGCGCGCGACGGGAUUGUGAAGAAGAAGGAGCUGCAGCUGCUGCACGACGUGUCGGGCUUCGUCAAGCCCGGCAUGAUGCUCGCUCUCAUGGGGUCGUCGGGCGCGGGCAAGUCGACGCUGAUGGACGUGCUGGCGCGGCGCAAGACGGGCGGCAAGAUCACGGGCGAGGUGCUGGUCAACGGGCGCAAGACCGACGCCAACCUGUCGCGCAUCAUCGGAUACGUCGAGCAGCAGGACAUCCACGCGCCCACGCAGACCAUUUACGAGGCCAUCGAGCUCUCUGCCCUCUGUCGAUUGCCAGCGGCGAUUCCAGUGGAGGAGAAGAAGAAGUACGCGCGCAGCCUGCUCAAGAUCCUGGGCCUGGAGAGCAUCGCCAACCGGGUGAUCGGGGUCAACGCCGCCGACGGCAUCUCGGCCGACCAGCGCAAGCGCGUCACCAUCGGCGUCGAGAUGGCCGCCGACCCGGCCAUCCUCUUCCUCGACGAGCCCACCUCCGGUCUCGACUCCUUCGGCGCCGAGCGCGUCAUGACCGCCGUGAAGAUCAUCGCGAGCCGCGGGACGUCGGUGGUGUGCACGAUCCACCAGCCUUCGGCGACGAUCUUUGGCAUGUUCACGCACCUGCUGCUGCUCAAGAAGGGCGGCUUCACGACCUACUUCGGCCCGAUCGGGAAGAGCGAGGGCGACUACUCGGUGCUGCUGGACUACUUCUCGGCCAUGGGCCAUGCCAUGAAGCCGCACCAGAAUCCGGCCGAGUUCAUCCUCGAGGUGACCGGCGCCGGCAUUCCCAAGACCGACGACGCCAAGCCCCACCCUGCCGCGGGGGCGGCCGAUCCCGCAGAUCAGGCGCAGAAGGACGUGGAGACGGGCCACAAGGACGAGAACUUCUAUGCCGAGGCCUACAAGCACUCUGACUUUUGCGCCGAGACCGAGAAACAGCUCCAAGCCGGCAUCUUCCCGGCAGUGGAGAAGGUGGACGACGAGGAGAAGAGCCGGUGGCGCAAGAUCAAGGAGCGGCUCACGAACCGCUACGCGAGCACCUACCUCCAGCAGUUCACGCAGACCAUGAAGCGCAGCUUCCUGGCCUACUGGCGCAGCCCCGAGGAGUUCCUCCAGAAGGUGACCGUGCCGCUGGUGCUGGGCGUCAUCAUCGGGACCUACUUCCUGCAGCUCAACGACACGCAGCAAGGCGCCUUCCAGCGCGGCGGUCUGCUCUACUUCUCGCUGCUGGUCUCCAAUUUGCUCGGCAUUCAGCUGAAGGCCAAGGUGAUCCUGGAGCGUCCGUUCAUGUAUCGUGAGCGGGCAUCGCGGACCUACACCUCGCUGGUCUAUCUGGCCUGUCUUGUGCUGGUCGAGAUCCCCUUCGUGCUCUUCAACACUGUGGCCUUUGUCAUUCCGGUGUACUUCAUCGCGGGGCUGCAGUACGACGCCGGUCGCUUCUGGAUCUUCUUCGCCAUCUACCUCCUCGCCAACCUCCUCUCGAUCUCGAUCGUGCACACCAUCUGCCUGGCGUCGCCCAACAUCACGCUGGCCAACGCGCUGUCGGCGCUGGUGUUCACGCUGUUCUCCAACUUUGCGGGCUUCCUCAUCACGCGCGACAACAUUCCCGGCUGGUGGAUCUGGGCCCACUACAUGGACCUCGACAUGUAUUCCAUCGAGGCCCUUCUCAUCAACGACGUCAAGGGGAUGACGCUCAAGUGCUCGGUGCACGAACUGGUGCGGGUGCCGAUCGCAUCGGUGCCGGGCGCGUUCAAGGAGUUCUGUCCGAUCACGACGGGCGAGGCCUUCCUCGAGAGCCUGGGCAUGUCGGCCGACAACCUGCUGCGCGACUCGCUGGUCAUGCUGGGCUGGUGGAUCGCGCUCAUCGUCGCGUGCGCCCUGCUGCUCAAGUUCGUCGUCCACCAGAAGCGUUAG